ACGGGCACCCAACGGCCAGACAGCGGUGUUCAUGGCCGCAGCCGAGGGCCACAAGGACGUCGUGAAGCUCCUGGCGACCGCCGGCGCGAACAUAAACGUCAAGGACGCAUCAAGCCUCACGCCGCUCCUCGCCGCCGUUUCAAACGAUAAACCAGCGACGGCCAUGUCGCUCAUUAGAAGGGGGGGAGCAGUCCAUGUAACAGAUGCCUCUGGGCAGUCUUGCCUUCACCUUGCCUCCGCUCAGGGUUCUAGUGAGCUAGUUUCCAUGCUGUUACGCUUUGGUGCGCUCAACCUUCGCAACGUGGAACAGAAGACGGCCUUAUAUCUAGCAGCUGAGCACGGUCACCACGAAUGUCUGGAGAUGUUGGCCGCUGCAGGCGCAAACGUUGAGAUCCAAGCGACGGACGGAGGCACUGCCCUGAUGGCCGCCACGGAGGCUCAGUCGGAGCCAUGCGUCGAUGCGCUGCUGAAACACGGAGCAGAUCCAAAUGUGGUGUGCUGCGAAUACUGGCCUCCGCUCGCCAUCCAUGCUGCCGCUGGGGGGGACAACGUCAACAUCCUGCGGCGGCUGGCUGCGGUGACGCGACGGGGCCUGGGCAGCGGGGAGGGGGAGGUGAGCCCUGUGUUCUUUGUGCUGGAGAAGCCCGAGAUGCUGGAGGUCCUGCUGAAGGAGGGCUUCAGCCUCGAGGCCGGCUGGGAAAACUGGGAAUACGAGGACCAUUACGACGCAUAUACCCCGCUGGGCCUGGUCCUGUACCACAUGGUGAACGACCCAGCGUUGAAUCAUAGUCGGUGCAUGAGCCUCCUGAUGCGGGCGGGGGCUCCCCUGACGGAGGAUUGCUGGCGGCUGAGUCUAUCGGACCCGUGCGUGCUGGACCUGCUGCUGGCCCAGAGGUGUGAGGACCAGGGGAAGGGCCCUGGGGCCCGCCCCCUGCUGUCCGGCGAGGAGCUGGAGGCACUCGUGAGCGUCGCAGAGGUGGACGCCGCGGAGGCGGGCUCCUGGCUCCCGGCCCUGCUGGAGAGCGGGCUGGACCCCAACGCUCUGCUGGUGCCCGCCUUUCUGGAGGAAGCCCCCAGCGAGGCGCUCACCUACCUCCUAGAGAUGGUGGACCGGUCCACUCUGGGCCGGCCGCUGAGAGACGUCCUGGAGCAGCGGCAGAAGAUGAAGACCUGGACGCCUCCCGCUCACCUCGAGUGGGUGCCCUCGCUCUUCCACCUGUGUCGGCUGUGGCUGCGGGCCCACCUGGGUCCAGACGUGCUGAUGAGGAGCCCGGCGGUGACCCAGCUGCCCGUUCCUCUUCUUCUCCACGACCACCUGCUGUUUGCAGACAUCAAAGCACCAGGGGACCCCCACUCAGGAUCACCGUCCGACUAAAAACUGGUUCGGUCCGGUUUGGUUAUCCGAUCGAAGUGUUCUUAUCUUAUAAUAUAGUGUAAUCUGUUGGGUUUGUGUAUAUAAUGUUAAAAAGGGCUUUUGGUUCAUCUUGUGUGUUAAUAAUAAAUGUGAUAAUUAUUUAUAAAAAAGAAAACGUUCUGCCUCAAGAAAAAUGUAAUGUUAAAAUGUAAACGGUAAACAGGACUGUAUUUCUAUCGAUCCAGAGUAUACUUUGCACUGCUGAUUCACUUUCAAUAAAUAAUCUGUUCAGUAAAA